GGCUGUUUGGUGUAAAGUUAAAGUUGUAAACAAUCGUUUCGCUGUUGAUAUUUGAAUAAAAAUGAGAGGAUAAUGACCUUUGUAUAUCGCGUAUUUGUUCUCGCAUUGUUCCGUGUGAAUAUUCUGCGGACACACUCAGUGUUUGCUGAAUUUCUUUUAUGAUAGAGUCGUGAUUAAAGUAGCACUUUCAUUUUUAAAUUUUAAAAUGAAGCUUAAAGUGGACAAGAGUUUAGUGCCAAUAAAGGCGCAUUUCUUCUUCUUCUUUGCUGCGCUGGGCCCACUCCUGCCCCAAAUGAACGUGUUCGGGCGUCAACUUGGCGUGUCUCCCGGCGCCAUGGGGCUGGUGACAUCCGUGCUGCCCCUGCUGUGGGCCGCGGCAAAGCCGCUCUUCGGUUACGUCGUCGACUUUUGGCCGACUCAUAGAAAACUAGUCUUUAUGCUACUAAUCGCGACGAUGACUGGCUCAUACUGUUGUCUCUGGUUCCUCCCCAUGCCGGACCCGCCGCCACAGAUAGCAAAAAACGUAUACAAGCUCAACAACACUGUCUAUCUUAAAAAAGUUGACAAAAGUUCCAUAGACGAACUCCUAUUGCAAAAAUACAGCUGUCAAUCGACGUGUUAUAAUAAGACUUUUGACGUUUACGUGACAAAUUCGACUUAUGUUAAUACAGUUUAUGUAGAGGAUGACGUGGGGAAUAUGUCUUGCUCGCUCUUUAAUAUGGAGUUUAAUGAUGAGAGAGAGGGAGAGGUGAUAUGCGUGCCAAAGACUGGUUGUAAUCUUAUAUGUUUGGAUAAAGACUUAAAUGGUACAGAGCUUAAUGUUACUUCGAAUUGGACCUUGGAUAAUUCAGUGUCUAUGGAUGCCACAGAUAAUUUAUAUAUGACAUCGGUUUUCUGGGCGUUCGUGGUAUUAAUGUGUGUUGGUACUGUGGCGUUUAAUGUUGCCAACUGCAUUGGGGAUGCCGUUUGCUUCGAUGUGCUAGGCACAGAACGCGCCUCAAAAUACGGCGCUCAACGCGCCUGGGGUACUGCCGGUUACGGCCUCACAGCGCUACUUGGCGGGGCCCUAAUAGACCUCACAUCUGGAGCUUAUAAGGACUUCACACCGGCCUUCGUUAUAGCCCUUGCGGCUACGGCGGUCGAUCUGUACAGUUGCAGGGCGCUUACGCUACCCUCACUAUCCAGUCCGGACGACUCCGGCAAAGCCUUACGUGAUGUGCUGCGCAUCCCGCGUGUCCUCGUCUUCAUACUGUUCGCUAUUGUUGCCGGGACUUUUGACAGCUUUAUCAUCUACUACAUGUUCUGGUUCCUAGAAGAAUUAGCGGAGGAGACAGGCUCCAUGGCGAAGAUUAAGCUGAUAGAGGGCGUCGUGGUCGCCGCACAGAGCUUCAUAGGAGAGCUUCUGUUCUUCUACUUCUCUGGGAAAAUAAUAAAGGGUUGGGGCUACGGCGCCACACUAACGCUGUCUCUGCUCUGCUACGCGCUGCGUCUCGCUCUGAUCUCGUUCAUCCAGCAUCCGUGGCAUCUCGUCUUUAUCGAGUCCAUAAUGCAAGGCCCGACAUACGCGCUAUGCUACUCAUGUAUAGUGGGGUAUGCGGCCUGCGUAGCCCCCGAAGGUUAUUCGGCCACGGUUCAAGGCGUUGUAGCUGGCAUGGACGAUGGAGUCGGUUUCGCGCUGGGCUCGCUGGUGGGCGGGCAGCUGUACGCGCGCGCGGGCGGCCGCGGCGCCUUCCGGGUCAUGGCGGCCGUCGCCGCCCUGGCCGCCGCCGCACACCUCCUCAUCUACAGACUGUUCACCAGAGACCGAGAACAAAAAGUAGAACAAUCGACGCCAGAAGGCGAAAAGAUGCUGGCAGUUGAUAGCAGCGCCAUCUACCGGGCGACGGUUGUACCGCUCAGCGAGAAAAGCGAAAACAGAUAACAAACUUACGAGUUCACGCUACUCGACCACAGAUGGCACUACUUGUUCUCAGAUAUACAUCUAAAUAGAUGUCGCGUGUGCAACGAUUCCUUUAAAAUUAAGAGAUUAAUAUCAUGCAGUCGUAUCUUAUCUACACGGUGGCUAAAAAAUAAGUGCAUUUCGGUCGCCACGGAGGUUUUGGGAUUAUACUGAGCAACUUUUACUAUGGGAACAACCCCGAAAUCGCGAAAAAAAAUUUGGCUGUUUCAUACAUUUUGGCUGGUCUAUUUUCUAUGGGAGGGCAAAUGUUUUUCGCGAUUUCGUGGUUGGUCCCAUAGUACAAGUUGCUCAGUAUAAUCCCAAAACCUCCCUGGCGACCGAAAUGCACUUAUUUUUUAGCCAACCUGUAUAUGCCAACUUGAAACUUACUGAAACUAGUUGUUUAUAAAAAACGUACAUAGUUCGGAGUGGUGCGUCUACUUAGAUAUAUGUCUGUGAUUCCAUCUUAAAGAAAUAUCGGAUUUAAUACGUAUUAGAAUUACUUACCGAAUUUGCCAUUUAUUGUUUGUAAGUGAAUACCAUAAUUUAGGUAUUAAUUAUACUUUAAGAUUUAUUAUAAAACUUUACUGGAUUAAUACCAAGACUUAAUAGUUUUAUAUACUUUUAUAAAUAUUUAUAAGGGCGAGAAGCUUUAGAGAUUUGUAUGAAUUUGUAUUAAAUAAUUUCACGGUUUAGACUUACUUGUUUUAGUCACUCGCGCGACAUGUUUCGGAGAGCCUAGGUCUCCUUUCUUAAGGACUAAUAGUGCGAGCAGCGUUCACGACGACCGUGUAUUGCGUACUGCCGCGCGCCGCGUCGCCCGCUGCGCGCGCGCCGAGUAAGCCAGUUGGGGGGAGGUCUUGCGCUAUCGUUGUCGGCGGGCAUAUACAUGUCGCGCGAGUGACUAAAACAAGUGAGUCUAAACCGUGAAAUUAUUUAAUAAAAUUUUUUGGAGUUAAAUAUAUUAAACGGGGUCACUCACGUUUAUAAAGUCGAUGAUCGCUCGACAUGUCUCGUCUCCCCUGCCGCCGCCGUCGCCCGCACCGAGUCCGCCCAGCCCGCAGUCUGCGUCGGGCCACCAAUGCGAGCGCUCUUUGAAAAUGCUCUUCGUUAUGGAGCGAAACAUGUCGAGCAAUCAUCGACUUUAUAAACGUGAGUGACCCGGUUUAAUAUAUUUAAUAUGUCAGUGCCUCACGGAAGUUUUGUUAUUAGAAUUUGUAGUUAUUUUCUACAUUAACUUUAACGUCUUUAAAGGUACUGUCCGCGCGCCAACUCCGUGCAUUCGGAGGUCGAGGAAGUAGGGGAUGUGCGCCGCGCCCGUACGUACAAAAUGACACCACACUGUCAUGACGCCCAACAUUCCUCAGCCGUGCACGGAAUUCGCGCGCGGACAGUAUGUCAGGAUCGUAGCAAGUGGAAACAGCGUGAUUAUAUGUAUGAAAUGUUAAGAAAAAGUACCUACGUAGGUACUGUAAAU